CGUCAGUAUCAUCGGUAACAAGUGAAAGAGAUUCACUUUGUUUGUUAUCAAACAGUGAACAGUGUCAAUCAUUUCAAAAUGUUUCGUACAUUAGUGAUGAGGCAAUUAAAAUUGUCAAGAAUUAGACAAUUACAUUCUACACCUAUGAGUAAAAAUAAAGGUGUAAUAGAAAAAGAGGCAUCAAAGCCUAAGGUUUCAGAAGCAGAGCAAGAAGAAAAUUUGUUAGGAGCACCUAUGCAUCUUGUAACUAAUUUUGAUAAAAGAAUAUUAGUAUUAGUUAAACGUUAUCCAAGUAUGGAUGCUGUUCCCAGAAAAGUAUCGUACGACUGUAUAAAGAAUGCACACUCCAAGGCAAGAAUUUAUGCAUGUAAUUGCAUGAUUGUUUUUGCAAUAGUGGGCUUCAUUUGGUCUGCUAUGAGUGGAAAAAGGGAACUAGCAUCUGGAAGACACAUAAUAUCGGAUAGAAUGAAGUUUAUUGCUGAACAACAAGCAAAAGGAAAGGCUGAAGCUGAAGCACGUGCUGCUGCUGCUUCAAAGUCAUAAAUCAGUCUAGUCUAUAUUUUAGUGUCCAAUGAAAUACUUCAAAAUUCUAAUGACUAACUAUUGUCCAGUAAAAGGUUUAUAAAAUCUCAAAUAGUUCCCUGAUGUACUAUUAAACAUGAUUACUAUGUCUAUAAUACUUUUAAAUCAAUAAUAAUUUAAUUUAUAAAUUAACAUUUAGGAAAAAUUGUUUUUGUUAUGUAAAAUGUACGCGGCAUACGGUAAAUACUCUUCUAACGUUUUAAAAUUAAUUUAUAGCAAAUGUAUGAAUUAGAGUAAUUUUCAAACAUCAGGCUAAUAAACUAUUGUAUUAUAUUUAAAUA